AGUGGAGCUUGUCCCAGAAAAAGUCAAUUAAAACAGUCUGGACCCUGGAGAGCAGGUUAGGGGGAGGGUCGACAACAGCCAACCUGUGCCACAGGAAGGACGACACCAGGUUGUUAAUGAUCAGGGUCCUCCCCCUGUACGACAUGGACGGCCGCAACCACCUCCACCUCUUCAGUCGGCCCUCAACCGCCUCCAGGACCCCCUCCCAGUUUCUCUUUAAAAACUGUUCAUCCCCUAAAAACACCCCAAGAUAUUUAAGCCCCCCCACUGUCCACUGGAGCCCCCCAGGAAGAACCAGCCCCCCCAAGGAGUCCCUAUUUGUGGUGAAGGCCACACUCUUGGCCCAGCUGACCCUGGCUGAAGACAGUUUGUUAAAAAGAUUUACUUUGUCCUCUAAAACCUGAAUGUCUUUCUGUGUAUUUAAAACCACCAUGAUGUCGUCAGCGUAUGCUGUCAGUUUUAUCGCUGCAGGACAUCCUGGGAACAGAACUCCUGUCAGAGUCCUCCUCAUUUUUUCUAGCAGGGGCUCAAUCGCUAAGGAAUAGAGCAUCCCUGAUAAGGAGCAACCCUGUCGCACCCCUCUUUGAACGCAGAAGGGAGCAGCCAGACCACCAUUAAUCUUGAGUAUGCUCGCAACGUCACGGUACAUAACCCGAACCCUGGCUAUAAAAUCUGGGCUGAACCCGAAGGCGGCGAGCGUCUUCCACAGGUAUUGGUGUUCAACCCGAUCAAAAGCCUUUUCCUGGUCUAUGGAAAUCAGACCAGUGUCAACGCCUAAAGAGCUAGAGACGUCCAAAACAUGCCGAAUCAGAGUGAUGUUAUCACUGAUCAGUCUGCCGGGCACACAGUAGGUCUGGUCUACAUGAAUCACCUCCGCCAUCACCUCUCGCAGCCGUAGAGCCAGGGCUUUGGAGAGGACCUUAUAGUCCCCGCAGAGCAGUGAGACCGGUCUCCAGUUCUUCAGUUCUUGGAGGUCUCCCUUCUUGGGGAGCAGGGUUAUGACAGCCCUCCUGCAGCUCUGCGGUAACAGUCCUGUUCUCAAACUCUCCUGAAAUACUUCCAAUAAGUCCUCGCCCACCACGGGCCAGAAAGUCUUAUAAAAAUCCACUGGGAUCCCGUCGAUGCCUGGGGCCUUUCCGUUGGCCAAGUUCAUGAGGGCCACAUGCAGUUCCUCCAGAGUCAGGUCAGCUGACAGGAGAGAGUUCCCCGACUGUCCCACCUGAGGGAGGUCAGACAGAAAGUCUGCCUCCAGCUGUGGAUCCUCCACCAGUUCACUUUUAAAAAGGUCUCUAUAAAAACAUGUGGCAUGCCUGCGGAUCUCUGAGGCCCCAGUGAUGGCGGAUCCGUCAGUGGCGCGCAGGCUGUGGAUCACCUUCCUCUGUCUGUUUUUUGACUCCAGGCUGAAGAAGAACUUCGAUGGGGCGUCCAUCAUGGAGGCGUUCAUGUAGCGGGAGCGCACCAGCGCCCCCUGUGCUGUAGUGCCCAGCAGGUUGGCUAUGGCAGCCUUCUUCUUUUGGAGGGCCUCAACAUGCCUCCCUUCUCCUGUACAGUCCAACAGGUUCUGUACCUCAGUCUCCAGGACCUGGAGGGAUCUGGUGAUGUACUUGGUGACGUUGCGAGUAUACUGCUGACAGAACUGCUGAAUUAAAACCUUCCCAUAGUCCCACCAUCUCUGCACUGAUAAAAACUCUGCCUUCCUGUCCCUGUGUGAAGCCCAUAAAAACCUAAAAGCAUCUUUAAAAGCACAGUCUUCUAAAAGAGCCGUGUUAAAAUGCCAGUAGGCGCUGGAUGUCUUCACAUUCUGAAUAAAAAAGUCACACUGGACUAAAAAGUGGUCAGACACACCCACAGGGACAAUAAGACAUUUCCUAAAAAUGCCGAAAUGGUGUUUAAAACAAUAAAAUCUGUCCAGUCUGGCAAGAGACAAGCUGUUGUCUUUGCAGUGGGACCAGGUGUACUGCCUGGUGGAGCCAUUCAAGCCUCUCCACACGUCCUUCAGGUCAUGAGUCUCCAUCAGUCUUUUUAGCCGAGUGGAUGAGGCAGGAUGAGGCUCCAGGUGAUUCCUGUCCAUCACUGCAUCAGCAGUGCAGUUAAAAUCACCCCCCAGGAAUAAAAAAACCCUCCUCCACACCCCCCACCACAUCACACAGAGUAUUUAAAAACAGCAUUCUGUCUCUGCCCAGCACUGGAGCAUAAACACACACAAAAACAAAUUUAAAAUCCUCAUACUGAGCCUUAACCAUUAAAAUGUGUCCAUCCAUCACCUGGUGCACCUGCACAGUGUGAGGGUUAAAAAACCUGGAGAACAGGAUCCCCACCCCAGCACUGUUGGACACUUUGUGACUCAGAUAGACCUGGCCUGGCCACUCCCUUCUCCAGUCCCCCUCAUUCCUCUGGUCACUGUGGGUCUCCUGCACAAAAAGUACGUCCAGCUUUUUCAUCUGGCACAGCUGGAACAGAGAUGCUCUCUUAUAGUCUGACCGAGCUCCGUUUAUGUUUAGAGUCCCAAUGCGAAUGUUCAUAAAAACUGUGAGAAGAACUGAACAAAUAAAAACAGGGGAUAAAAAACACGACAUCAUAAAAAUCAGUUACUUGUCACUCUGAGUGCUUCUUUGACCCUUUUCUUGAGCUUACUGAGUCUGUAGACUUCCUGCUCAGUAAACGCAUUCUCUCUUUGAAAACGAUUCACUGAGUUUAUAAAACCAUUUAAAUCUGGGAAAAAAUUUUCCACUUUGACCGCCCAUUGACCUUUAGUGUCAGUUAAAAACUUUUUGAUUUUUGACACACUGUAAUUUGUGAUUUUUUCUUUUUGAGAAGGAGUAAAGUCAGCCUCUUCUCCCUCCUCUUCCUCCUCCUCCUCCUCCUCUUCCUCAGAAAGGUCCUCCAGUACCUUCAUGGCCUUCCCUCCCCCCUGACUCUGCUCAUUUGGUUGUUUUCUUUUACUGUAUUUAAGACUGAUGUUUUGUUCGUUAAAAACGUCUUCCAUAAUCACUUCGAUCAUGCUGUCAAUGUCUGAUUUGUUUUCUCCUCCUCCCUCCACCACAGUGUUCACAGUUUUUUUCUGUUGAUCAAUUUUUACAUUAUUUUCAUUUGGUGCAUCCCCACUCAGACCCACUUCCAUUCUGUUAUCCUCGGGCACCUGCUUACUCAAACGGGAGCCCGAGGCGUCUGACUCGUGCUCCGCGCCCGGAGCCCCGGCCCCACUCGCCGGCCGCUCCGCGCGCGAAGCCCCGGCUCCACCCGCCGGGCGCUCCGCGCCCGGAGCCCCGGCCUUACUCGCCGGGCGCCCCGCGCCCGAAGCCCCGGCUUCACCCACCGGCUGCUCCGCGCCCGAAGCCCCGGUCACACGCGCCGGCCGCUCCGCGCGCAGAGCCCCGGCCUCACCCUCCGGCCGCUCCGCGCGCGGAGCCCCGGCUUCAUCCGCCGGCCGCUCCGCGCGCGGAGCCCCGGCUUCACCCGCCGUGCGCUCCGGGCCCGGAGCCCCGGCGUUCUCCUUUCUGGCCUCAGGACAUGCUCGGAUGAGAUGUCCUUCGGCCCCACACCCAAAACACUUCAUUGUGUCCGAUGUAAUAAAAACCACAUAGUUAAAACCUUCGAUCUUAAAAUUUAGCGACAGGUUUAAAGGGUUUUCGGCGUCUUUCAGUAUCUUUCAGUAUCAUGAACAGCUGCCUCCUGUGACACACGACAUGUUUUGCUAGGGUGAUUUGCACCCUAGCAAGACCAUUUUUAUUGGUGACACAAUUUGACCGUACUUACUCAAAGCUUUGCACAGGUCAUCAUUUUUUAUAAACGGUGGUGCAUUUGACACUGUUACCUUUUUAGCCACGUUCACCAGAGGAAACACGGAAGUGAACGUGUCCCUCAAUACUACACCUGAUUCCACCACCCUCUCCACUUUACUCACCUCAUCUAACAAAAUAACAACAGCACUAUUCAUCCUAGAUGCUGACUUUACACUCUCGAAUCCCACCACCUCACCAACAGCAUAGCUCACCUCCUCCACCGACACGCCAGCUCCAGGUAACACUUUCACCGCGUGCCGGCGAGUUAGCAGCUCCAGCUCGGCGUGACCACUGACAACGGGCAUGUCGCCCUGCUGUCAGCCCACCACCACCAAACUCUCAACUAAACUACUCACCUACAACUAUUAAUACAAAUAAAGCAGACUUUCUCUCAUGAGAAAGCUACAAAAAGAUAGAAAAGAUGUUCAAACACUCGAACAAUCGCUCCGCACACUCACUCAGCACACUCACUGCUCAGAGAGAGAGAGAGAGAGAGAGAGAGAGAGAGAGAGAGAGAGAGAGAGAGAGAGAGAGAGAGAGAGAGAGAGAGAGAGAGAGUUACCUGUUUUUACCUUUUCUAAUGUUCCUUUGUUUAUGAGCUGCAGGUAUGAGCAGUCUGAAACAAUAAUCCACUGUGGAUCUGGUCUGGUCUGGUCUGGAUCUGGUCUGGUGAUCUGCGUCAGAUAACGUCCAAAAAAGGUCAAAUAUUUCAGUGUUUGUGAAUCAGAGUGAAGCGUCUUUAAUGACAGUAAAGUCUCUGAUCGUCUGUGACUGAGAGAGACGCUGAUCUGUCAGGAUGUUCCUGAAACAUGAGAGAGACAGACUCAGGUCUGCACUAAACCUCCACAUCAUCUCUGAAGAAACUACAGAGGGAUGUUCGUGAGACACAGACCUCCUCCUUUAGAGCGUCUCUGUUUUUACAUCUAUAUCAGACAGACGUGCAGCCUCCGUCUUUAAAACCGUGUUUCUAUCCUCUCUUAUAUGAACACCGUCAGACCACCCACUCUCUGUGAAAACUCAACUUCAGUCUCAGAGCGGAAACUCUUCAUCUGAACGUCGUUAGGAAUUCAGGAUGACUCACUUCAUUCAUUAACAACAUGGUUUAUGUGGCCGUGAUGAUCCAAAGGUGAAGAUCUGAUGUUCAUGUUGGUGUAAAGAAGAUUCAAUCAUUCAUGAUUCAUCUGAACCUGAAAAAGCUCCUCCAUCAUCUGAACAAAUGUCCUCAAUGUCGAGGCCAGAGUUCUAGUUUGCUUUCGACGUGCAGGAACGUCCUGAAAAUGAGCUCUGAACAUUUCUUAGGAGAGGAAACUUCACUUCACUGCGGCGUGCGUUAGAGGAGUUAGCGUGUGAAUCUCGGACAUGUUUGACCUUUCACAGAGGUCAAACUUCGCUCAGACAUCGGCGAACCUCGGAGCGGAGACAACGUCGUUGAUUGUCUAAGAUGGAAAAGCCUCAUCAGAGCGGCUCACUGCGUCACCGUGUCUGCUGACGGCUCAUGGCGCUCUGAUCAAAGACGUCAGCUCCUAUUGGUGACUUUAAACAAACGCACAGUCAGAGAGUGAGACCUGAUUGGAGCUCCAGAUUUAGAGAGGUUUAAAAAACACAGACAUGUAAAACUAUGACAUGUCCACUUCAGUCUGAAGCAGAGAGAAGCUCUGGUGGAUAAAAACCCUGAUCCGGAGUAAAAACACGAUAAACGUGUUUUUAGCGCAUUAAUCUCCGAGGAGCUGAGCCGCAGUGAAGCAGCAGAUCAGCAAACAUGGAGCCGUGUGCGCUGAAGGAGACGUUUCUACUCUUAACUUCAUUAUUUCAGGAUCAUUAAAUCAUCUGCAUGUCUAAUUGGGUUAAUUGGAGCCUUAACGAUCAUUUUUGGUGAUAAAGCAGCGAGAGCGGAGUCUGUGAAGGUUCACUCUGAGAGGAGCUGCUGACUCACCGCAGGGAUCAGGCUUCUCCUUCAUUACAACGUUCUCUAAUAAAGCUCCACCGUCAUAUACGUCGAGAAGUUUGAGAACGUUAAACCUAAAGAGGAUUCAGGAGGUUAGUCAGAGACAGAGGAGGAGGAGGAAGUUCUGCCUCGUUUCCUGAAGCUGGAUCAGAAACUCAGAGUUUAGAGAGGAGAACUUUAGGGUUAGGUAAAGAUCGUGAGUCUCUGACACUUUUGAGUCUUUUCUGGUCCGAAACAACAAUCCAGAACUUUUCAGGUCAGUUUCAGUCCUUAAACCGUCUUCAGUCUUCACCUCGGUCUGAAUAUUUGUUAGUUUGAGUCGAUCAGAAACUGGAAUCAGGGUCGAACGAAGAGUUUUAAUCUGGUAAUAGACAACGGUUUGACCAUCUGCUGACCUGAACCUUCAUCAACGAGGACUUCAGGGUAAAACACACAGGAUCCGUAUCGGCAGCGUCUCGUAUCACACAGGAAAGCGAACAGGACGCGUCUCAGCUCCACCGCAGCUUCGUAUCAGAGCAGCUCUGCUAAAGAUACGCAGCGAGUCGAUUUUUGACGCUCUACGUUUCCAACACGCGUCAAUCCACACAGAGAAGAUCGCUCCAGACAGGAAGACGAGCACGAAAACCGCAGAUGUCAUCCAGUAUUUCAAAUACGCCGAUCCUGUCUGUGAUACCCAACGCUGCUCUACAGAGAAAAUACAGAACAACGACCUCAAUACCUGGAUAUUUUCAGCUUUUACACACCAAACCAGAGUAAAAUCAUCCAGUGAAUCACACGUUAAAUCAAAGAAAGACGCGAUCAGACGCUCCUACUACUCUGGUGGCGAGAAUGACGAGAACUGGACGGGAGCUGAAAAUGUCUUAAUUUGAGCGGAUAUUAGUGUCACGACAACCAAUCAGCACGCAGGUUUCCAGGUGACGUAUGAAAACAGACGGAUGGUCACUGGAAUCUAAAACGGAGGACACACUGAUCGUGUCGGUGUGUCGGUGCCCUGAAUUAAUAACCGAAACUGGAAUAAAAAGGAGCUCGCCACGGCGGCGCCGACAUCUCUCCACAACAAAUAAAUAUUAGCAUCUUUGUGGCGUGGAUCAUCUCUACAUGUCUGGAUCUCUGGUAUCCAUGGCGCCAGUAUCCAAGGAGUGACGACAUUAUUCAGAUUUGACGCGUAAAUGAAGCGAGUAAAUACUCACACGUCGAGAGUCGAAUUAAGAGAGUAGAUGAUUUUCCUCGUGCUUGGUGUGAGCGCCCCGUUAGAGUCAAUCUAAAUCACUCACAAAUAUCUGAACACAUCAGAGGAAGGUUAAAGUCUCAGCAGUCCAAGUUUCUACGAAGACAACAGAAGUGAGAAGGUCCUGAGAAGGUCCUGAGAAGGUCCUGAGCCUCACGAUUGGAGGUUUGGAUCAUGAAGUUUCUCCUGGUUACGGAGAUAAAACAGAAACGGAAACAAACAAGAAUCAGGAAUGAUUCAUCUGGAGAUGUCUGCAAAAACAAACCGAACUGUGUUUUAGACUUUCACACAGGGGAGCGCUGCAUUUAUCCGCCCGUUAAUCCUGUUUUUCUCAGCUGGUAUCAAAGAUCAGAGCAACAUGUGGAACAAAGAGAAGAGAAGCAGGAAGAGAACAGAGAGCUGACAGGAGCACAAAGAGGAGACCACAGCAGCCUGAGAGGCUCAGCUGAGGGAUUAACAACUCCCAGCUGACUGGUGUCGACGUGGCAACGCUGAUGAAGAUGACGAUGAUGAAGAUGAUGAUGAUGAUGAUGGUGUGUCUGUCCGCUCACGACGGUUUCAUGUCAAACUCUGAUCCCUGAAUGUCAGCGCAGGAGGAGAACUAAAAACCAUCUCCUGUCCUGAUACCUCUUUAAAAGAAUAAGGUAGACUCCUUCAGGACGGGGUCUCUCUAAAUCCAGACUCAGUCCGGGUCUCUCUAAAUCCAGACUCAGUCCGGGUCUCUCUAAAUCCAGACUCAGUCCGGGUCUCUCUAAAUCCAGACUCAGUCCGGGUCUCCCUAAAUCCAGACUCAGUCCAGGUCUCUCUAAAUCCGGGUGAUUUAAAGUCCAUCAGAGCGGACUAAGGGAGGACUCCAGGUUCUGAUAGAAAGACCUCAGAGAAGUCCGGAUUGAUCGAUCAGCUCAGGAUUGAUCGAUCAGCUCAGGAUUCAUCGUGUUCAGAGUUUGAAAGUUUUUCUCUCAGGAUGAAUCGACAAACUUUUCACCGUUUCCUGUCUAACUGGUGGAUGAACUGGGACCGCAGGAUAGAAAUACAGAGAGCCACGCCCCCAACCAAAACGCCGCUCUAUAGGCAGGUUUUAUCAGAGUUUGAACAGACUGAAGGAUCGUUGAAUGUCAGCAGGAAAAAAACCUCUCAUCCUUCAACCACAGAGAGUAAAACAGAGAAUCUCACUAAUGUAAAGACGUUGAAGAAGUCAUGGUCCUCAGAUCUAAACCCGGGUUGGAGGACGGUUCGAUCGUGUUUCUGCGUUUGUUCUUGGCUUCAUCUUCGUCAGUUUGAUUUCAGGAGCUUCAUAUCGACCAGUUUUACUUUAGAGUUUGUCUCUGAUGUGCGAAGAUCCAGAUCAGUGUGGACAGGAUUAACUGUUAAAUAUGAGCGCCUGUGUCCUCCUCCUCCUCCUCCUCCUCCUCCUCCUCCAUCUCUUUUCUUCUCUUUAUUAAAUCCUCUCCUCUCAGCGUCUCCGUCCUCCUGGGAGCUCAUUUUCCCGCUCUCCUCUUCCAUCAAUUAUUUUUACUUUCUUUAUUUUCAAAGCUUCCUCUGCCGGCCCUCCUCCUCCUCCUCCUCCUCUCUGUGUUUACUCUCCUUCUUUUCUUCCUUCCUUCAGAGGAUGACUCUCUCUCCUGUUUUUGGAGGUCUGGUGUUUGUGGACAGACGCCCACAGGUGUUGGAGUUUACCUGGAUGAUCAGUCGGAGCCUCUCAGGUGUUUUUGUGAUGAUGAGACUUUAGACGAGAGUUUUUACAGACUGGAGACUCAGGAGGAGCAGCAGACAGAUCAGCUGUUUGGGUCGGCUCGGUCCUGGAUCAUCAGGUAGACCCUGAUCCUGGUGUUACUGAUGGAGGACCAGCAGGACCGCUUAGUCCUGUUUGAGGGUGACGGACAUGAGAACAGAAGACGGGAAGUAAAGGGGACCCGGGACAGAACCCUGAGGUACACCACAGAGGAGAGGACUCUGAGACUCAGUGACCCACUGUGAGUCCAGCUGCACAGACCUCCUGAAGACCUCCUCUGAGAGUUCAGGAAGUGUCACACAGAAACCUCCUCCGUGGUCGACACGCUCAGAGAUGCGAGGCGAGGGAUCGAUCAUCUUCAUGUGUCGUUGUUGAUCAGCUGAUCGAUACUCAGCUCUGUGGAAGUAAACCGACCCUGACCUUGAGUUCACCUUCAUAACUGUCAAUAAAUAAACAGGUCUGCAGGUCCAGAGCAGGACCAAGACCAGGUCCAGUCUCAGCAGGUUCUCCUGGAUCGUGUUCCUGGUUCUUCUUGAGUUUCUCACAGAGGGAGACUUCAGUUCUGGGUCAGAACCACUGAAGGGAGUUCAGUCCAUAAUGUGAGGUUUGACCCGUCCUCAGGGGGAGAUUCUCCUCCGUCUUUGUGCUUCUCCACGGGGGAGGAGGAAUAAAACACCUCCUCCUCCUCCUCCUCCUCCUCCUCCAGAGUCUCUCCUUUAAAGCAGGAGUUCCUGUUGGAGAGAGUCCAGACUUUAGAGCUCCAGACGGUUUUAACGCCGACUCAGAACACUGACUUUAACGGACUUCCUCUCAUGUGUGUGGUUUAAUGUCUGAGGUCGUCUGGUAAAGGGUUCAGUUCCUGUCCAUGUGGGUCCGCCAUGUUUGAUGAGACUGGGACCGGUUUUUCAAUGAUCCCUGAUCCUCUACAGGUGGACUGUGGUGGUUCUAGGACUCCAAACCAGUUUGUCGUGUCAGUAAAAACAGUCAGAAAGAUGUUUCAUGAAAGGAGGAUUUUCUUUUGAUUCCUCAUAAAACAGCUCAGAAAAACCUCCUCAUGACCUCCACAUGACCUCCACACGACCUCGAUCAUUCAGCGGUCACAGAUCCGACUCUGAGUCCUCCUCCUGAGGUUCUCCUGCUGAUUAUUUCUCAGAAGCUAAACUCAUUAAAUUAAAGUCUUUUACUCCUGAACUCCUGCAGGAGGAGGAGGAGCAGGAGGAGGAGGAGCAUGCACAGGGAGAAGAGUCGAAGACCGAGCACAGAGCCCUGAGGGACUCCAGGUCUGACUGGGAUCCGUUAUAAACCAGAAUCAGAGACUUCAGCUGGUUUCUCUUCACUCGGAUCUCGACCCCAAACCGGUUCACUCCGGUUCAGAUCAUGUGACUGAGGAGACCAGGUCUAUCUGACCCUCACAGAACCUGGUCCAGGUCUCGGUCUCUCUCGGCUCAAACAGACGGGACGACAUGUGGAGCUGGUUAUGGGGGUCCUUAAUUUAGACCACGUCACCAUCACACCUCCUCCUCUCCUUCACAGAGGGAUCCUCACCUGUAGAAACACCUCAGUCCUCAUCAGCAGAGGGUCCUGGUCUUCAUGAGUCCGUCUCUUUAGAGGAUUUUAUGUUUUAUUUUCAGCUGCUCUCAAAGUUCACGUCACACCGAUGUUCAUGUUGGUUUAUCUCCACCAGAACCAUCAGAAGAACCUCCUGAUCUUCUCUGAAGGUUCGAUCAGGUUCGAUAUUUCAGUGUGAGCAGACUCAGACGUGAACACACCGCUUUAAUUCCUCCGACUGAAGGUUUUUACUUUUUUAACUCCGACACUUUUCAUCCUGAUCGAAGUCCACCCGGAGAAACGACUCUCCACUCUUCUUCUUCUUCUUCUUCUUCUUCUUCUUCUUCUUCUUCUUCUUCUUCUUCUUCUUCUUCUUCUUCUUCUUCUUCUUCUUCUUCUUCUUCUUCUUCUUCUUCUUCUUCUUCUUCUUCUUCUUCUUCUUCUUCUUCUUCUUCUUCUUCUUCUUCUUCUUCUUCUUCUUCUUCUUCUUCUUCUCAGCAGGUUUAUUCUCACGUUCAGGAUCUACACGUGUCCCUCUUGUGUUUUAGGAAGAGUCGUGUUCUUCUGAGUGCAGAAUCAGGACUGAGAGUUUCUUUAUUUCUACUAAAAACUAAAUUUAGAGACGAAACGGAAACUGGAGUUCAGGAGAAAAGAAGGACAACGAGAGAGAGAAGAAGAUGAGGAAGGAGAGCCGAGGAGAGAUGAUGGACGGAGAGGAAAAAAGGGAAUCAGAGCAGAGGAACGAUGAAGAUGAGGAGGAGGAGGAGGAGGAGGAGUGUGGCGGUGACCAUGGCGACACGGAGCAGAACAGAUGAGUCAUCUUCUCUGAAAUCGUAAAAUCUUCCAUCAGGUCGUCCCUCACCUGUCGUUUGGAGGGUAUGGAUGAGGAAGAGGAGGGUGUGGAUGAAGGUCUGUCUCUGAUCCUCACAGCUCGGUCUCUGUACUUAUCCGAACCCUGAGGAGGAUCUGAGGAGGACCUGAGGAGGAUCUGAGGAGGAUCUGAGGAGGAUCUGAGGAGGAACUGAGGAGGCCGUGACACCAGAAACAAAAAAGCUACAAAACUGAGAGAGUUUGAUUAGAUCUGAUUUCUGUGAGUCUGAGGAGAACCUGAAGCUGCAGGUCUGAGGCUCAAAAAUGUCCAAAUGUUGACGACAUAAGAGAACACAGAGAUAUCGUUAUAUUACCAAAUAAUCAAUAAGUAUUGAUCAUCGUUUUGACUCGAGGAUCUGAAAGGUUAAAGGUUCAAAGUUGUGGUUCAUCCUGCUCUAAAGUGAGUCCAGUACAGUUCCUGUUCCUCUCAGACCUCCUGACCCAUCAUCAGGAGCUCAGAUCAGUAAUGUGGACUCCAGAGUCCUGCAGGAGUUUCAGGUUGAGCUGUAAAAGCUGCUGUAGCUCCAGACUGAUCCAGACCAUCAUUAAAACGUCAGCGAGUGUUUUUAACGUCUGAAGGUCUGAAAAGACUGAAUAACAGGAUCAAAUCUGACGACUGUGAUUACAGAGGAACUUUAGGAGAGUUCAGAGCCUUCAAACUUUUACACGAAAAACAUCGACUGUAAACGGAGGAGAGAGAAAAUCAGGAUUAUCUCUAAAAGUAUUAAAGAAGUCCAUGAUGGUGAAGUCUGAGGUGUUUCUGCAGAGAUGAUCUGAAGAUCCAGUUUAGAGAAGAUGACGGACAGAGAGAGUCUGCUCCUUUUCUGAUGUUCACAGAGAGGAAAUCAGGAGUCAGAGCGUCGAAAACUCUGCAGAGAUCAGGAUCUGACCCUGAAGGUCUGUUAGACUCCGAGUUAGACCCUGAAUUUACUAGAUAAACACGAGGUUAGAUUUACAGCUGAGAGGAAGAACAGAGACUCUUUCUCAGAGACUCCUCCUGCCUCCAUUUCUGACACGGCCAACGGUCCACAGACAGCGUGAAAUGUCCUUAAAGGCCACCGUAGGGAGGAUAAACCCUUUCAUGGAUCAUCUUAUUUCAGGAGAUUUUACAGAGCGGCUCUUUUUCGUCUUCUCAGACUGAAUCUGUUUUUAAAGGACCUCAGGGUUGAUCUCUGUCUUUGUCGGACAGAAAUGUGAUUAUUCUGGUUUUAUUCUGGUUUUAUUCUGGUUUUCUUCUGUUUGUCUGUGCUCCUCUAAACCUCCUCCUGUCAGUGUCAGAGUCUAUAAAUAACCUCCUCGCUCUGAUCUAUAGAUAAUAAAAACCUCUCUGCGCCCGCUCACCUCCAUAUCCACCAUAUUUCAUGGAAUCAUAUUUGCUCGCCGACCGCUUUCGUGAUCAGUUUAUGGGACUAUUUUUAGAGCUGAUGGUUUUAGUGUCUGUGUGUGUGUCUGUUAUUGUGUGUGUGUGUGUGUGUGUGUGUCUGUUAUUGUGUGUGUGUGUGUGUGUGUGUACCUAUAGCAGCAGGUUUCAUGUCUGUGUUUAUGAGUGUUUGUCAGUGUGAUGAGCUCAAACUCAGCUGCAGUUUUUAACCUCAUAAAUAAUGUGAUAUAAGACGACAUGUUAAUGUCAUGUAUGUAGUCGGCAGGUUUGAGCGCUCACUGAAGUUUGAUUGAACUGUAUCAUCGUCCUCGUCUCAGUCUGUGAGGAUCAGGGUGGAAACAGUCAAACGGCUCGACCUGCUCGUUCACAUUUAGGCUGAAAAAAAACAUGAGGAGGAAAAUCUGAAGAAACAGAAAGACACGGAGAGAAAAAACACAAAGAGACUAACACAUACGUAAACACACACACUGACAGACACACAAUGAACCAACCAGAACAGAGGGGAAGACAGGGACUAUAAACACACACAGGUGAACGAGACACAGGUGAGACAGAUGAGUGAUUAACGAAGGAGGGAAAACUGGGGAAGAAAAACCAGAAACACAAGGAAUCAACUCCUACAAAAUAAAACAGGAAAUAAACACUGAAAACUGAUCUAGAGAAUAAAACACAGAGAAGAGGAGGGAAACAGAGUCAAACACAAAGACUGGACGACAGGGGAAAAUACACAAAAACACACUCAGAUAAUAAAACCAGGAGAAAACUCAAUAAACAGAACAGAUCAUGACACUCAGAAAAUGAUGAUUUCUGUAUUUUAUCUGACGAUGAUUUAACCUCUGAAUUAAACCUUCCUGACCUGGUUUCUUUAGAGUAUCCUGAUCAGAUUUAAAGCAUCAGACCGGAUCAAACGUGAGUGAAAAAGGAGAAUCCAGAUCCAAACGGAUUUUAUUAACUUCAUUAAACUUCAGUCCAGAAUAACUUUAACCAGAAAAAUCAACCCCCUGAUUUGAGCUCAAACAGCUGCAGCUUUAACUCCGCUCAGAUGGACCGUCUCCAUGGUAACAGCAGGUUUUUGGUGCUAACGCGGAUCCUUUGUGGUUUUCUUGAACAGGUCUUCUUUGAUAAAAGAUUUGUUAGGUUAAAACUGGACAGACUUCUCCUUCCUCUCUGAAAAGACUCUUUAGAACCGACAACAUUAUAGAGUGAAGUUCCCAAAACCAGUGAGAGGGUUCGAGGGCUUUACAAGAGUGUGUAAGAGUGUGUUUUAGUGUAACAGACAGGACUUAAUAAAAGGACAGCAGUGAACACGUCAUAUACUCUGUAUUUACUGUUGAAUGGACAGAAGACCUGACGUGUAUUCAGAGUUAUCAGUGAUCAAUAAUCACAUAUUUAUCAGGAUUUCUUGGUGUUUGUCAGUUUCUACAUUCGUCUGUUUGUCUCAGGUGUUCUUCAGACUAACUCUGUUUAUUCUCCGUCUGUUCGUCUUCUGGUCCUCAAACAUGUCCUUAUCAACCUUUUGUUUUUAAUUCAAGUUUUUACUGAACUUUUCACAGUUUAUGGAAAACUUUUUCUACAGGUAUUUAUUAAGAGUUUACUGUGACAGACUUUUCAUCUCUCAAAGGACAGCCCUAAAACCUACUGGAGGUCUUUAUUUACCUUUAUGUAGUCCCAGAACCUCCCACCAUCAUCACUUCAUCUACUAAACAUUCAUUCAUUCAUAGGAUGUAGUUUCAGUCAUUGUACUAACUCACUCUUUCACCUGCAGAGUUUCCGAUGUUUUCCUUAAAAUGACUCGACAGGUUGUUGUCGUGCCGACUGAAACUAAAGAAAAGUUACAUUUAGUAAUUUUAGGUAAUUAAGAUUCAUCCCCCAGUCAUGUCGUUAUCGAUCUAAAAAACUGAAGUUUAAAUUAAUCAGAUCAGCUCUGAGUGAUUUAGAGUUUCAGCUCCGGGAGAAAAACACGCAGGAGGUGAUCCAAAACCAGAGUUUAUAAAAAACAGACAGAAAACAUGAGUUUACGUCCCUGAGUCUGUUUCACAGUUUUCAUCCACAAUCAUGAACCUGAUCCAGGUCUAACAGGAUCCAGUCCUGAUGUUACAGAAACAGGUUCAGAGAAAGUCUGAAGUUCAGACACUCUCAGACUCUGAGUGUUUUUACCUCUCAGACAUAAAACGCCUCAUCCACUCAGAGGGUCACAGACAGACUUUAAAUAACACAGAAGAAGAAGAACUGAGAGGUUCAGAUUCAGGUCAAGAGUCUGGACUUGAUCCUGGACUCUCAGAGCCUCAAAGAAAAGUUGCUUUAAAACUGAUUUUUCUCUCAUUUUCUGUGAAAGAAAAGAACAGAAACACUCACAGUCUCUGACUCACCUUUGACCCCUCCUUCUGCAGACUACGGGUGGCCGCUGCCCUCUGACCUCUGUCCCAUCUGGAUCUACCUGGACGUCCUGUUCUCCACGGCGUCCAUCAUGCACCUGUGCGCCAUCUCUCUGGAUCGCUACAUCGGCAUCAGGAACCCGAUCCACCACAGCCGCUUCAACUCCCACACCAAGGCCCGGAUCAAGAUCAUGGCUGUGUGGACCAUCUCCGUGGGUGAGGACACACACACACACACACACACACACACACACACACACACACACACACACACACACACACUCAGAGUUUGAUGAACACCGCUCUGUCCUCCUCUGACUGAAGGUCCUCCCUCACCGUCAGUCUCUCCUCUUUGUCGGUGGAGCAGCUCCUGAACGUCUCACGCUCUUCAGAGUUUCAAGUAUUACAUAAAUGUUUUUGAGGUCAGAGGUCACGGUCAGACGUGGAAACUCUUCAUGAAAACAGCGGUGGUUUGCAGAGACGGCGUAAUUCUGUCUCCGCUCAGCUCAGCGGUGACGUUCCUGACUGCGUCUGAUCCUGACGGAGGCGAGGGAACAAUCAGCUCUCGUAAUUGGCUCCUGCUCGCCUGGCCGGCUUCCAGCUGCUCAGGUCAAUGGAGCUGAUGAGCAGGAAAUGUAAUGACGGAGCUGCAGACGGCGGGCUGCAGAUUAACUCUGUGAAUCCGUUAUUUACACUCGCCGGGUGAAAAUGAACGACGGCAUGAAGACGAUGCAGCGCCGCAAAAGACAAAACAAAAGAGAGACAGAUUUUAAAGAAGGACUCUGUUUUCAACUUCAGAUCCUCUCAGAGUUUCAGGAGACCGGGUCACACGUGUCUGUCUGAGCGUGUGCAGGACGCCCUCUGCAGCGCUUACAGCGACACUUGUUGAGGAGCUGCCUUCUGUCGCCAUCGUGUGGCAUUGCUGUCUUCAGACAUCUCUUGAUCUCUCUGACUACUUCACUAAAAUAGUAAUACGCCUCACCGGUGGAGGAUUUAAAGGUGAGGAGAGGAGCUGAUGUGAUUGGUGAAAACAGGUCUCAGCUGUGUUAAACCCACUCCACGCCUUAUCCCCGCCCUCUCUACGACUUACGCCGCUGGGAGGAGCUGAGUUAGGGAGGGGGGACUUAAGCCGGGCUGCGCCGCUCACCACAAUACUAAAAUGUGCUUGGGCACGCCUUGUCGGCACGCCUACGCCACGCUGCCGGCGAGGCACGAAAAUAGAGCCCCAAGUCCUAAAUGGAUGCAGCACGUGAGGAGACAUCUUCAGUCUUCACAUCAUGACCGAGAAGUCACAUGAUCCACGGAGAAUUAAACCCGAACUUUAAAACACUAAAAUAAUCUGUGAGUUUGCAGGAAAAGUGAAGAUUUUACGUUUUUCCAUCAACGAUUUCAGCUCAACCUGAAAGUCGAGGUCAGUUUUCAGGAGUUUGGUGAAUACAUGAGGUCUGACCUCAGCUGAACGGACGCUAAAACCUCUGUGCGUGUGCUCGUGGUCGUUGAGUCUGUUUAGGCCUUUUAUAGCCUUCAGCUCCAUUAAAACUCCGAGCCUCAGACACAUUAAUGUCCUCCAGUCAGUCAGAAACAGCCAUUCAGAGGCUCUUCAUGUCAGAGUCACCACACUCACGUCGUUUCAUUAGAAUAAAGAUCGCUUUUAAUGUGUCUCCAUGACGACCGUCUACCAUGUUUAAAAAAAGCCCAAACAGACAGAGAAGAAGAAGAAGAUCAGACUUUAGUUUUUAUAAAAACGAGAACAGAACAGAGACCGGACAGCUGCUGAAGAAGAAGAAGAAGUAGAAGAAGAAGAAGAAGAAGAAGAAGAAGAAGAAGAAGAAGAAGAAGUCUGAUCCAUGAAGAGGAAGAAGAAGAAGAAGAAGACGAAGAAGAAGAAGAAGAAGAAGAAGAAGAAGAAGAAGUCUGAUCCAUGAAGGAGGAGAAACUUUAUUAAACUCUAAACUCUCUUCUGUCCUCUGGUCGAGUUUCUUCAUCUCAGACCUGAGUUUAGUGGUCAUCAGCUCUCAGGUCUGAGGUCCUGACCUCCUGUCGUCUCUCCUCGUCCGCUCUGUCUCUGCUCAGCUGAUAAUGAGAGUCGCUCAGAUAAUUCCACUUCCUCUGGUCCAGAUCAGGAUCUGGAUAAGCGGGAAUCGUCUCCUCGCUGAGACUGAUGCGGUCUGUCGUCUCUCUGAUAUCUGCUCAGUUCUCCGCGGUGAUCGAGACGUCAGAGUUUUAAAGGUUAACCCUUCGUGAUCGAACAGCGAGGUGACGCCUGGAUCACAUGAUGUCAGCGUGGAGCAGCAGGUCCACACCCUCAGGCAGCAUCAUAGCUCGCCAAACGCUCCUCUGCAGCACGCCACGCUCUGCAGCCGCCCACGACCCAAUGAGAUUAUGUCAGGGAUUAACGACUCCGGGUUAGUUUCUCAUUCUUACUCACACACGCAGACUUCCUGUCCUCCUCCUCGGGGUUAUCAAGACGAAGAAGAGGAGGCGUGUUUGUGGUCACGCUCUGAUCUGAUUGGACGUGACAUCAGGAUUUACACAUUAGUGCACGGAGGAGAAGAGAGGGAGUGCACGCACACAGACACACAUGGAUGUACGCUGAAAUAAAGUUUAUCAAGUUUUAGUCCGAGCGGGUUAAACUCAACAAAACUCAAAAAAGGGAACAGGUGAGGAGACACAAUCAGGAGACAGGUGUGACGAGACGGGGGCGGGGCAGACAGGAACAAAACUAGAAGACAGAAACAAGAGUUAGUGAUUUCAAAAUAAAACAGGAAGGAUAUAAAACAUGAACGUGUCAAAAUAAAGGAAAUUUAACAAACAUGAAUAAACAGAAAUAAAAGGAAACUGAUCAGACGUGACGGCUGGAGCAGAUUUAUGGAGCUGUCCUUGGUGCUGAACUCUCCGUCUUUUCCGUCUGUCACUCCUGUUUGUUUAUCUUAUUUCCAUUAAUACAAGGACACUCUGAAGCAUCAGCGCUCACCUGUAAUCCACUGUUACCUGAAUAUUCAGGAGCUCUUCACCUCCAGGAUCACAGACAGACAGACUGAAGGAGACUCACAGACACAGAUCUGUCUGUCCGUCUGUCUGUCUGUGUUUAUUAACAUCUGUCUGUGCUGCUGCUAACAUAAUAAUAAUAAUAAUAAUAAUAAUAAUAAUAAUAAUAAUAAGUCAAAAAAUAAAAAAAUAAAUAAACAAAUAAAUAAAAAAUAAAUAAAAAAUAAACAAAUAAAUAAACAAAUAAAAAAAAUAAACAAAUAAAUUUAAAAAAAUAAACAAAUAAAUGAAAAAAAAAAACAUCAUUUAAAAUACAGACACUGACGGAUCACGUCUGUCUCAGUCCUCCUUGUUAAACAGUUUAACUCUCACUGUCUUUGUAUCAGUGCAGGUCUGACGUAGAUGUAUGUAUGUAGAUUGUGAAACAGAACAGAUGACUGACCCACACAGAUUUCUGUUUAUUUGUCUGCAGACUGAAACGCUCCAGGCUGAGCGGGUCCAGCAGGGUUUCCAUCAAACCGCUCAGACUAAAUUGGUCCAAUCUGUCUUUGACCUCCUCUGCUCCCGACGGGCUGCAGUCACAUUUUCUGUCCUCCCUCAGCGUGUCUGUCAAACUCUCCUUCUUCCUCCUCCUCCUCUCUCCUUCGCUCCUGUUUGUGACGAGCAGGUAAUGAGAACACAGCAUGAAGAGGACUGCUGACUUUAUCACCUCCUGCUCUCCUCCUCCUUACAUCUGUCCCUCACUCCUGGUUUUGGACGGGUUAUUUUUAGUCUCGGGGUAAACGUGUGGCUGCAGACGGCGGGGUUCACCUCCGGCAGAGACAUCAGGACAGAGAGAUCCUGACCCGCUCAGACAACAAGAACAGUCUCCAGGUGAAGGUCCAGACUGGACCCUCACAGGCCGCUGACACCGGGUCAGAACAGACCAGAACUUUCCUCCCACACGGUGACAGACUGACAGAUGGAAAAAUACAGUUUAAUGGGAAAUGUGACACGUUUGAAAAAGAGAGGAGCGGCGUCAAAUAUCUGAGCGUCUCUGAGGACAAAUGUGUCAAACUGGACCUGCAGGAGGACAGAAAACUGGGACUGUAUGGAGGUCUAAAGAGUUUUUAA